UCAAGAUGCAGUAAAGGCAGAAGGUGACCACGCUACAUACAAAUGCUGGAUCCCAACCUCCCACAGGCAAUUCUGCGUGAGGACAUUUGACUCUCCAUGGAGAGAGGGAGAGAGAAGCAAGCGCCUGGUGACAGAAAAUGGAAGGAGAACGUGUUAAACACCUACGGGCCAAGUUCCAAGGCAACAAGCAAAAGUUCCCUGAAACGAGCAACAGGCCAGGGAUUCCGCUUGCAGAUUCACUUGCAAAGGAGGAGAUACAUGGACUUAAACCUGGACCUGAGAGGGACCAAUCUACUAAAUUACCCAAAGCCAAGAGGAUGGGUUUAAAAAAUGCUCCUUUCUCUCAGGAUGACAUUCCAGGCUUGAGGCUCCUUUGUGAAGACCCCGCCUGGGUGGCUAACUCCAAGGAUAGAAAUGCUAUGGAAUCCAGUCUCCACCCAGCCGGUCUGCAAACAGGAAUACAAGGGGCACUCCCUGAACAAAAGGGCACAAGGGGGAAUUCAAACCUUCCUCAGAGAAGCCAGACUCAGCAGACCUGGCCACUGAUCAAGCAUGCUAGGAAUCAAGGAGUAAAUGCUGGUGCCCCCCUGGUUCCUGCCAAAGGGACGGCCGUCCCAUCCCUACUGGACACUCCAAGAAGCGUAUCAGAGAAAUGGCAGCCUAAGGUUCCUAAGAGAAAGCCACUGCCACAUACAGCCGCACUGGGACUCAAGCCAAUGAAACCCCAGCGCCCUCCUGAGGUGGAUCUAGAGAGGUUCUGGAAGGCUGCUGCUAUCAGAGCACAUGCUUAUCCUGCGCCAGAGCCAGUGAGAGGCAUGAGACAUGGUCACCUGAAGCCAAAUUCUGCUGCGUCUUCCCCAGAGCGACUCUCAUCUCAAGCUGCUCCGUCUGCUCGUGUCCCGAGUUCGGUGGGGGAAGGACUGAGAGGCGACCAAGAGCAGAUAUAUGAUGAUGUGGAAGCACUUGGGCCAAUUGGCAAAGGGAAAGGAUGUUUGUUGUCACCUGCUUCCCGGCUCCCAGCAAGUCCCCGCUCUGGAACAGGUGCCAAGCUGACCCCUGACAGAUUUCCCCCGCCGCCCGCUGAGCGCAGAAAAUCCCAGAUUUCAGAGCUAAGCGGGAAACGUGUGAAGAAUCUCAAACAGUGCAAGAAAGAAGAGCAGGCGGACAAGGAAUUUCGGAAGAAAUUCAAGUUUGAAGGGGAAAUCCACGCUCUAACCCGAAUGAUGGUCGAUCCCAACGUGGCUGAGAAGAAAGGGGGAGGGAAGAAUCUGCCACUCAGACGAGGAGAGAUUCUGGAUGUCAUUCAGUUAACGAGUCCUGAGAGAAUACUCUGCCGCAACAACCAGUGGAAAUAUGGAUACGUCCCCAGGGUGGCACUGCUGCAGCUGGACACUGACAUUUACGAUGAUGUUGCCUUUUGUGAUGAAAUUAAUUCUUCCACCAACACCAGCAAGUGAUCUCACCAACAGAGGAGGGGCUGUGAGGACAGAAACAUGAAAAACUUUAAAUGCAAGUUUCCUUCUUCAAAUUAGGAGUUGCCUUCUCCACAGUUAGUGCUCCAAAGGCAACGUGUCCCUUGUAACAUGGCAGGGUGGUUAAUUUUAAGAUGUUGGGCCUCUGGAAGGAUUUUGCCCUGCAUUCAGCAAAAUUACUCAAAAGUAGGACAGGAACCACAAUAGUGCUCAGAGAAACAGGUUACAAGUGAGCUGCAAAUAAACAAUCUGCUGUGUUUCUUGUGUUUAGCUGUGUAAAGAAUGGUGAUGACCUGAGAGUUUGGGGUUUUUUAAAAUUUUGCUGGUUGUUUAGCUUAGAAAUCCAGGUCUCGUCUGUCUUAUUUUUCCUGACAAGAUUCUGAUAUCUCUGCUUCUGAGUAUGUGAAGCCUUAGCAACUGAGAAGGGACGGAGAGUUCCGUAACACUGAGUUACACAGGUGUAAAUACAACACAACAGUUGGGAGGAAGGAUAUCUUUGUCAAUGAUUCAAAGCCCCACCCCUUGAACUGAGAUCUGAGAAGGCUCCUGCUCCAUUUCUGCCACCCGCUAAGGUGGCAUGUAGCAAAAUUAGGGAUGACCAAACAGGAUAGUCGUGAUAGCCUGAGGGGAAAGACAAGUGGAGUUUUCAAAAACCAUUUAGGCCUGUAUAGCUCAGAAUGGAAUAAAAAGGGACAAGCCCAAUUUCUUGUUCUUUGCAAGUGAGCUAGUGACAGUCCAACUGAGUCCUCCCCUGGCAGCUGACCACACAGAGACAGAGGUUGGUCUUGUGAUUAAAGCACUGGCCUGGGAUUUGGGAGAUUUGGUUUCAGUUCUUGGCUCUGCCACAGACUUCCUGUACAAUCUUUGUACGGUCCUCUGCCUUAGUUUUCCAUUUGUGAAAUGGGGAUACUGGUUCCUCCUCUGUCAGUCUUGUUAGAUUGUGAACCCUUCGGGGCAGGGACUCUUCCUAUGUAUAUGUACAGCGCCUAGCACCAUGGGGCUCACUGGAUUUCAGCUGGGACCUCUAGGCACCACUGCAAGACAAA